CUUUAUGCAAAUAAUGUAUCAAAACAAUUAAUUUUUCCUUUUUUUCUCUAUCUGCAGAAGAGUGCGAUGCCUUUGUAGACCGUGGCACUCAGUGUGGCGCCACCUCAGAGAUUCUGGGUGUGGUCACCACUGGCUCCUCCCACUGGUCCAGUCGCUGCGAGGAAUUGGUGGUUAGUAAAAUAAAGAAUAUGUUGCCAUUUUUGCACUUGUAAAUAGUUAAUCGCAUUUUAGCCUACACUCAGAUGUGAACUCAUUCUUGCAUGCGAGGGUCUUGAAUAAAAAAAAAAAACACGCAGGCAAGACAUUGAGAUUGCAGGGCGUGCCAAUCUGCGACCGAACCAGCUUGGCAGUGUGAAAACGCCUAAUCUGUCGGUAGUGGGGAUUGACAACUAUUCUGUGAAAAUGAAAGAAUAUGUCUUGUGUGUGUUUCCUUCUUCAUGUGGAAAGCAGCGGACCCCAGACACCAUUUCAAUCAAGCUUGAAGAGGAUAUUGGUGGAGGCAUGCCCGCCGUAGAAGACUGCGAUGCCUUUGUAGACCGUGGCACUCAGUGUGACGCCACCUCAGAGAUUCUGGGUGUGGUCGCCCCUGGCUCCUCCCACUGGUCCAGUCGCUGCGAGGAAUUGGUGCAGACCCCAGACACCAUUUCAAUCAAGCUUGAAGAGGAUAUUGGUGGAGGCAUGACCACCGUAGACAGCAAUGACAUUAGAGACUUCAGCACGCAGCGCGGCGCCAUCUCGGAGAGUCUGCGCGUGGAAGCCCCUGGCUCCUCUUACAUGUCAAGUCACAGCGGGGAGCUGCGCAUCCUGAGCGUCUACGGACAAGGGGAGGGCCCACUGGCGGUGGACGGCCAUGACACCCUCUUUGCCGCGUCAGAACUGGAGGCCUUGAGCUCGCUGUCCGCUGACCACAGCGUGGCCAAGAGCCUGAACUGCAGCGUGAGGCUCGUCCGCCUCGAGGACCUGACUGGGCAUCAGGGCUGCCGCAAGGGCUUGUGUGGAAAGGUUAUUUCCAACAGUGUCAAUAUGAUCGUCCACAUGAGUACUCACAUCGGCAAGAAGCCCUACAAGUGUGACCAAUGCACAAAGCGCUUCAGUCUGAAAGGCCCCCUGAAGAUCCACAUGAGGACUCACUCCGGGGAGAAGCCCUACAAGUGUGACCAAUGCACGAAGUGCUUCAGUCAUGGCCCCACCCUGAAGUUACACAUGACUACUCACACCGGCAAGAAGCCCUACAGGUGUGACCAAUGCACGAAGGGCUUCAGUCUGAAAGGCCGCCUGAAUGUCCACAUGAGAACUCACUCUGGCGAGAAGCCCUACAAGUGUGACCAUUGCACGAAAUGCUUCAGUCUGAAAAGCAACCUGAAUAUCCACAUGAGAACUCACUCCGGCGAGAAGGCCUACAAGUGUGACCAAUGCAUGAAGUGCUUCAGUCAGAAAGGCCAGCUGAAUAUCCACAUGAGGACUCACACUGGGGAGAAGCCCUACAGGUGUGAGCAAUGCCCGAAGCGCUUCAGUCAAGGCCGCGCCCUGAAGUUCCACAUGUCGACUCACUUUGGGGAGAUGCCCUACAGGUGUGACCAAUGCACGAAGAGCUUCCAACGGAAAUGCUACCUGAAGAUCCACCUGAGGACUCACUCCGGUGAGAAGCCCUACAAGUGUGACCAAUGCAUGAAGUGCUUCAGUCAGAAAGGCGAGAUGAAUAUCCACAUGAGGAUUCACUCCGAGGAAAAUCCCUACAGGUGUGACCAAUGCCCGAAGCGCUUCACUCACGGUCGCUUCCUGAAGUACCACAUGUGGACUCACACCGGGGAGAAGCCCUACAGGUGUGACCAAUGCACGAAGUGCUUCAGUCAGAAAGGCACCCUGAAGCGCCACUUGAGGACUCACUCCGGUGAGAAGCCCUACAAGUGUGACCAAUGCACAAUGCGCUUCAGUCAUGGUUCCGCCCUGAAGUUCCACAUGUCGUCUCACACCGGCGAGAAGCCCUACAGGUGUGACCAAUGCACAAAGAGUUUCAUUCAAAGCUACGCCCUGAAGUGCCACAUGAGGACUCACUCCGGUGAGAAGCCCUACAGGUGUGACCAAUGCACAAAGAGUUUCAUUCAAAGCUACGCCCGGAAGCGCCACAUGUCGACUCACACCGGAGAGAAGCCCUACAAGUGUGACCAAUGCACGAAGUGCUUCAGUCAGAAAGGCCACCGGAAGAGCCACAUGAUGACUCACACCGGAGAGAAGCCCUACAGGUGUGACCAAUGCACGAAGCGGUUCAGUCUGACAAGAUACCUGACGAUCCACAUGAGAACUCACACCGGCGAGAAGCCCUACAGGUGUGAGCAAUGCAUGAAGUGCUUCCAUCUUGGCUCAUCCCUGAAGUUCCACAUGACGACUCACACCGGUGAGAAGCCCUACAGGUGUGACCAAUGCAUGAAGUGCUUCAGUCAGAAAGGCACCCUGAAGCACCACAUGAUGACUCACUCUGGGGAGAAGCCCUACAGGUGUGACCAAUGCAUGAAGUGCUUCGGUCAGAAAGGCACCCUGAAGACACACAUGAUGAUUCACUCUGGGUGAAUCAGAGUGAAUCUGAAAGCGAUAUGUAGUUUAUUUUUUUUAUUACGCCAUACUGGUUUAUUGUAUAUUAUUUUGAUGUUGCCUUGCGAGCGCUAUUUUAUAAAGCUGACCGCUGCUCUCUGAGCCUACAAACCAUGUUCAGCUGCUCAAUCCCGCCCCUUAUAUGUACGUAGCGUUCUCCCACCCAUGGGCGUUUCACAUCACAACAAAGCGUUUCUCGUGAGCACGAGAAAGUAUCUGGUGCGCACGAGAAAGUAUCUGGUGUGUGUGUGUGUGUGUGUGUGUGUGUGUGUGUGUGUGUGUGUGUGUGUGUGUGUGUGUGUGUGUGUGUGUGUGCAGUGGACGAGCGAGCGGUAGCGUGCAUGUAAGUUUAGUGAAGUAAUGAUCGAGUCCGGUUGUGUGUAAAAGAAUAAAGCACCCGGCAGGAAUCGGUGGCCGCUUUAUUCCGACCUAUAAGCAGACCCACUGCCGGUCAAAGUGAAGGGUGUGUUGCCCCUGAGAGAUCAACGGCCCUGGAGGGAACGUGUCUGAGAGCCGACAGCAGAAAGUUGUAACACUAACCAUCUCGUAGUCGGAGGCGGAGCGCAAGAAAGUAGUACGGGCUCCAAUAGUGCAAGAUAAAAGAUAAAAAAUGAAACGCAUUAAUUUGAAUGAUUUUAGCUUGUGUGUGAUUUUUCGUGGACACAGGCACGCACAAGCUAAAAUCAUUCAUAUUAUAGAAGAGGCUGUAAAGGAAAACAGUAUUUUUUUCUAUGGUAUCACUCCGCAAAUGGUCUGGUAACUUGUCAACUCCAGCGUCUUCGGUUGCUAUGCGACGUCAACGUCUUUGGCAGACUAUUUCUCUGCUGAUCAACACUACGAAUGCUGGUUACAAAUAAAUUGUAAAAAGACACACCAUGAAGUUUUUUUUUCGUUUAGGCAAGUAACCGUGUAAUAAGCGGGAUAAUGUAUAGAACGUCGUUGGUCAUUAUUGAAAAUAAGCCCCUUCAGGUCGGUGUCCUGUUCGCCCAGUCGGGGCUUAUUUUCACUAUAAUGACCGGCGUUCUUUACAUUAUCAAUUACGUAUCUGUUGUUAAAGCACAGCUGUGCUUCGUUGAGCAAAAAAAAAAGAAAACACUAAAUAAAUGGUUGAUAGUGGCGCGGAGUUAAAACUACACACUCUACCUGUUUUGUUCAAAAUAUCGUUAAAAUAUCGUAUAUCGCCAUUCGAACCGAAAAUAUCGAGAUAUGAGUUUUGGUCCAUAUCGCCCAGCCCUACCUACAGGUGUGACCAAUGCAUGAAGCGCUUCAGUCAUGGCCACGCCCUGAAGAUCCACCUGAGGACUCACUCUGGGGAGAAGCCCUGCGUGUGUCUGCAGUGCAACGCCAGCUACAGCGACCCAAGCGGUUUGUGUGUGCACAUGCUCAAGCACACUUUGACACGGGGUAACGGGACGCUUUGAUUUAGACCUCUGUCUGGUAUUGGUUUAAAUGACUGCUUUUUGUUUUUCUUUUCAUCACGAUUAAACACUUCCAACUUUUGAUUCGCUUUCUGUUUUUAUUAAUAAUUGGUGUCUGUGUUGAACAACUUAUUUGCUUGCUUUUUGUGGUGUGCGUAUUCGUGCGUCGGGGCAGUUGGGCAGAAGGUUAAAGGUCCCAUGGCAUGCCACCACGUGUGGUGUGAUUGGCCGUUACAAGCCGUUUUGGAAAUCUGCCCCUUAUGACAUCACAGGUCGGUGUGUCCACCUAGAUGUGUGCUGGAUAGAUCAGUCUACCAGCCUUCCCAUUGGACUGUAGCAAACGUUGUUCAUCUAUCCGUCCCACAUCUAGGUGGACAUGCCCACCUGGGAUGUCACCCUCUGCCUCCACACCCUCCCCCUGUAGCCCCUGUAGCUGGGAACGUCUGCGGAAACACGCACGUUCGUGGAUGGUGCUCCGCUUCGGCAUAAAAUGCUUGUUGAACUUGUUAAUAACCUCAUUGUAGUAAUCAUCCUCAUGGCCUCAGAACGUGAACGUGCUAAAUAUCGGCUCUGCAUCUUUGCCCAAAGCAUACAAUAGAGUGUUUACUUGCUCAUCGUCGUUUUCUUGGUUUGAGUUUUGCUGCAAUCCAAUAACGAGAGAAACGCUGUCUCUGGCCGGCCACGCCCCGGGCAGGGUGAGGUCAAACGGGUCCGGCGCGCAAAACUUUUCCCUUUUGCUGCUCUCUCUCUCACACACACACACACACACACACACACACACACACACACACACACACACACACACACACACACACACACACACACACACACACACACACACACACACACACAC